UGUGCGUUGUGCGUUGUGCGUUGUGCCAGGGGCGGGGAUAAUUUAAAACCCUCUUUUGAUACGUAUCGCUUUCCUUGUUUAUUAUGUUAUUUCCUUCUUUUUUCCUUCUUUUAAUUGUCCUUCGUGUGUUAUUUAUUUGUUUAUUGCCGUUAUUGCUGUUAAGCCCGGCGCCCCUAUAUCGCCAAACAGGGCAGGCCAGAAGCCCGGUUGUUGUUGUUCUGCUCGUUUCCCACUCUCUUCUGCCGUGCCGUGCCUGCGUGCCUGCGUCCAAGACGGGUGCCACGAGGGCCCACGGGUUCUUGGACGGGAAGCACGGGUUUGAGAAGCCGUGUACCUUCAACCUUCAACCUUGGGGGUGCGUAUGUACUUACCUGGGUAUGUGCGAGCGUGGGAAAACAAACAGCGAGCUCCACAAAAGGAUAUGUAAUAUGUAUGCAUUCGUCCGUUGUCACCGUUCUUCCGCUCAAGCAGGCGCCCUCUGGUGUUCCCAUGGGCGUGGGGAAAGUUGGAACCGCGUUUUCGUCGGGCUCAGGUUUGUUGCAUAUAUAAAGGGCGGGCGCCUGCUCUUCCUGUCUGUUCGUCCGUGGCCUGUGUGUGUGCCUCCACACACUCCAAUUGCGCACACUGAUCGUCCCGACCAUCCGUACACGGCCGCGGUUUGUCUUUGGGCGUAUGUGUUCGCUUGGGGCUGGGUUAUUCUUUCCAGCGGGCUUUUAGUUUGCCGUUCUAGCGGGCCUUUAUAUUUUGCCGUUGGCUGCUGGCCUGUAGGUUGUGGUUGGAAAUAUUGACCAACUCGCCAGCCGCAGGUUGCGGCAGAAGCUAGGCUGAGCAGAAGAAAUCCAGACGGCGGACGCGGACCAAAGGGGAGGAUCUGCAGCCCUAGGCCGGCUGUUCUCUCUCGGCUAUUGCGCCGAUGCGGUGCAAACUUGAAUCCUCGCAGGUAGAUGGCUUCUGUCGUCACGACAGCCAACGACGGAUACAGGCGGGUUGCUCGCCUCCCACCAACAUAGCCGCUUCAUAUCGAGCAGCGUUUGCGACUCGGUCUGGAACGUGCGGGCAGCAAGUUAUCUUGGGCCGCCCGUG